AUGGCCAGGCAACAAGACCUUGCCUUGUUGCCUGGAUAUGCUGCCAGGGAGUUCCAAGGCAGUAGAAGGCGAUCUGGAGACAAAAAAAGUUGUCGUGACAGAGCGAAUCAUAACCUGCCGCUAGCGCGCGCACAGACACGUACCUCGGACACGUAUGUGGCACAGCCUAUGGGCCAGAUGCGACGAAAGGGUCUUACGCAAUCCAGGCUAGACGCUACUCCAAGGCCUCAUCUACGGCACUCUUGGCCAGCCGACAGAGGCUUGGAAGAAGUGGGGCAGGUCAUACAAAGAUGUAUCGACCAAUCAGUGGCCCCAGGAACCUUGAAAAUAUACAAACGAGUCAAGGCCCGAUUCCUGGGGUUUGGAAGGUCCCUUAAAAUCCCCGCCUUGCAAACUCCCAAACUCAGGAACAUUUUUAUUGCUCAUCUUAUCCACGAAAGCGAGGAUCGUUCCCUAGGACGACGCAGACAUCCCGAGGCUCUACUGAGAGCGGCCAGCAGGUCUAGGAAGCCUGUCAAGCAUCGCACAAAAGCCUCAAAGGAUGACGUUGAGAAAAUCAUAGAAGUUGGUUUAACGACGGAUUCCCCAGGGCUGAUGUGCGCCGCUACCACUGUUAUGCUAGCCCUCUCGGCACUCCUGAGGGUAAGCAAAGUCAGUCAUCUUCAGUUCCAAGACUUCACCUACAAAGGGGACGGGGCUUGGGGUAUACUCAUUAAAAGACCAACAAGGACAAGGGGGGAAGUAGUGGUGGCCAAAUGGGGACUCCAGGAAACCAAGUUAUGGCAGAUUUUCUGCCGUCUCAAAAGACCACUCCUACCCCAAAAAAUUCUCUUUAGUGGCAAGGUCGGUGAAGCCCCUUCUAGGGACUUUGUAGCCAAAAACAUCACCAAAGUUGCCAAGGCAGCAGGUCUCCAACAUAAAAAGUUGACCUCGCACUCUCUCCGGGGAGGAGCGGCCACCCACGCAAUUAGACAAGGGGUGGAUUCGGGUAAAAUUAUGCUUGCAAUUCGUUGGAAAUCCUUCCAAGGCUUUAAGAGCUAUAUUGAACCCUCUCCACUGUAA